GCGCUCUUACUAGGUUCCCCAGGAUGCAGGCGGGUCGGGCCAAGCACGGGGUGGUGCAUCAUGGCGGCAGCGGUUAUUAUCCUGAGACCUUUGCGCCGAGGCGCCGCCUGGGUGGGGAAGCGGCUCCUGCCCGAGGCUGGAGGCGUGAGACGCGGCUGGUGGCGGCAGGCGCAGGUGUUUGGAAAAUUAACUCUUUUCGGAAGAGGGCUUGCACUCUCAGCAGUGUCUUACUUGGGUUAUGAAGCUUACAACUCUAUUUCUCACUCUGCUGUGGUUCAUGCUAGUGUCAAAGUUGAGGAAAUCAUAGAGCAAGCAGACUACCUAUAUGGGAGUGGAGAAACCAAACAGCUCUAUCAGUUGCUGACCCAGCACAAAAACAGUGAGGAUGUGGAGAUACUAUGGCGUCUAGCGCGGGCCUCACGUGAUCUAGCCCAACUUAGUAGCACCUCUGCAGAGGAGAAAAAGCAACUGGUUUAUGAAGCUCUUGAAUAUGCAAAGAAGGCACUGGAGAAAAAUGAAUCAAGUUUUGCAGUACACAAGUGGUAUGCAAUCUGCAUCAGUGAUGUUGGAGAUUAUGAAGGAAUCAAGACUAAAAUUGCAAAUGCAUAUGUUAUCAAGGAACACUUCCAGAAGGCCAUUGAACUCAAUCCUAAAGAUGCUACCUCAAUUCACCUUAUGGGCAUUUGGUGUUACUCAUUUGCUGAAAUGCCAUGGUACCAAAGCAAAAUAGCUGCAAUGCUAUUUGCAACACCACCAACCUCCACGUAUGAAGAGGCCCUAAGUUACUUUCACAAGGCUGAAGAAGCUGAUCCAAACUUCUACAGCAAAAACUUGCUGCUUUUGGGGAAGACGUACUUGAAGUUAAACAACAAAAAGAUGGCCCUCUUGUGGCUAACAAAAACCAGGGAUUAUCCGGCACAUACGGAGGAGGAUAAACAGGUACAGAAAGAAGCUGUGGAACUGCUCAAUUCUAUAUGAAGAGAACUAAACUAUUAAGAAGAAACUACAUUAAAUGUGACUAAAGCACAGGACAAAAUACCUAGAGCUUGUUCUACUGUGGCUGUUAUUAACAUUAAACUUGUCACCUUACCACUGUAUAUCUUUAGUAAAAAAACUGCUGUCAACUA